AAAGGCCCGUCUACAUAGGCCGCAACACGCCAGACGCAGUUCGCGGACGCAAAGAAAACGCAGUACGUAUUCGCGCCAGACGCAGUUCGCAGAUGCAAAGAAAACGCACAGCAUUAAGUUUGUGUCAGUUCGUAGAAAAGAAAAAACGAAGACGAUGGUGGGUCCGACCGAUUAAUCGAACCCGGUCGAAAGAAGGACAUUAUGAUACAAUAUUCGCGUACAUGAAGGAUCAUGAUCACGAAGAAUUUUACGAAUUCACUCGUAUGUGGCCGCAUAAAUUCGAGCAGUUAGUUGAACUCGUGUCACCAUUCUUGCCAAAUGCUCAAAAUUGCAUAAGAAAACCUUUACCUGCUGGUUUACGUAUUGCUUUAACACUGUCUUAUCUUGCUCAUGGGAAUGCUGUGCGAACGCAAUCUUGGGACUACCGGGUAGGAAGAUCUACAGCUUAUAAAAUUAUUCCAGAAGUGUGUGAGGCUAUAUGGAGUGCUCUUCAUCCUACAUAUCUCCCAGACAUGAAUCAAGAAAAAUGGGCCAAAGUGGCUGAGGAAUUUUACUUAAAAAUAUUUUAA